GCUGUGUGGGUCGCUGAGCGCCACACAGAGCAGCGGAGAGACGCUCGCACGCUGUUUUAUUAUCAUGCCUCAGUUUAAAUGCUGGGGACGCGUGUCUCCUCUCGUCUGAAACGCGGCCCCGCAGGUUUGAAGUCUCUUCUCGUGAGUUUGGGGGAAAAAAACAAACAAAAACAAAACGAGACUCGCUGCACACAAACACUUUUGUUUGUCGACUCGUGCGCAUUUGGGAUUAAAAAUGGUCAUCAAGGUUUACAUCGCCUCCUCGUCUGGCUCUGUCGCGGUAAAGAAGCACCAGCAAGCAGUGGUGGGCUUCCUGGAGGCCAAUCGAAUCAGCUUCCAGGAAGUAGACAUCACCAUGCUGGAGGAGCAGAGGCUCUGGAUGUACCGUAACAUCCCCAGAGACAAGCAGCCGGAGAAGGGCAACCCGCUGCCUCCGCAGAUCUUCAAUGAGGAUCGCUACUGUGGGGACUAUGAAGACUUCUUCCAGUCGAAGGAGAACAACACUGUGUUUACAUUCCUUGGGCUCAGCUCCCAGCCGUCAGUGAAAGAUUCUGAGUCGUAGCCUUGAGCCCAGCUGCUGGUAUGUGACAUCCAGGGACCCUCCAAAUACGAGGAGAAAACCCUGCAUCCCCUCCUGUCCCUGCGUCCGUUCCUUCUGCUCUGAUGCCACCGUGUUGCCAAACAUCCGACCCAGUGGAUUCCACCCUGUACGACCUCUCCUGACCUGAGGAAUCAACAUUCCACCAUCACAUCCAAGAAGUGGUCUUGACUCUCGCAGAGUUGGAUGAACUCUAUAACGGAUGCUUUUGUGUUUCCCGUAUUAAUCUUUAACACAUUGUGACAAACACUGUCAGUAGCAUAAAAUGCUGUGCAAGCUAGAAGACAAUGUAGCAGCUUCUGCAUAAUUCGCUUUAGGUCAACCUACAACGCAAGUUGACAGGGAAGAAAUGAUCAGGCACAAGUCACCUGAACACACACCUAUACUGUGUGUGUGUGUGCACGCCUUAGUGUGGAUGUGUGUAUCCGUCUCAAUCAGCAGAUGUUAAUGAAGGCCGCGUCAAGUGAGGGGCCCUGAGAGGCAGCACUUGACGCAACCUGAAACAACCCGAGGCCUCUAGCCAUCACGUCCGGCGGUGCGUGUGUUUGUGUGUGAGGGUGACACUACAGCUUAUCACAAAGCAGAAGAGACCAAAUGCUAAGCAUCCUAAAACAUAUGCAUAAAGAACAUACGUCAUAUCAUUGCUAGCAUUCGUGCUAAGUUUGUAGUCACCGCGGUCAAAUAAAACAGACUUUGCUCUUAUACCGUUCCACUGCCAAACUAACCUGAUUGAAGGACAAGGUUGGUGUUAUUUGAUACUGCCUAUUUCUUAUUGUCUACAGAUCCAAUAAAAAAACUGAAGUCAA